AUGAAAAUAAUUGAGGCUAGCGCCACCGCUCUCACUAAUUUUGAAUUGCUUGAUCUCUUGAGAUCAAGAGGGGCUGGAAAGUAUGCCUCACUAGCUAUUGCAACCGUAUCUCAAUCUGAGUUCAAGGUUUUUGAUUAUUUAGAGGGGACUGUUGCUUGCAAUCAAACAAGGGAAAUUGUCGAUAACUUUGUUGCCGAGUGCCAAAAAUUUGACCUUCCAAAGGCAGAUAUUCUUAAUAUUGUGAAUAUAAGACCAAGAAAUGAACCUGAACUUUUCCCGAUAAUCUCUAUCAUUUCUUGUUAUUGA